AUGUUUUCGCAUUUUAGGUUUCCGGAUGCAUUACCACAUGCGGCAACUUUGACACAAACAUCAUCUUGUGUUCUUAAGACAGAUUUAAGUCAUCUGGUGUUUUCCAUACGCUUGCUACCGGAGCAAACGGUACAUACGCACGGAGAUACCAAUAUCAUGACUGGGGACUCACCACUUCCUCCUCAGCAAGUGCCCGUUACCCCAAUCUCUCGACCAUCAUCUGGACUUUCCAUCCGGAUUGUCCGACCUGGUCUCCAGCCCGCUACACCUGCUGUUUCAAGUCCAAUCUCAGCCAAGGAGAAAGGAAAGAGUAGUAAAAAGGCUAAAUCCCCUCCGGUGAAGUGGGAUGAUGACAAGGAUCCAAACGGACUUUGCUCUCUGGAUUAUCUCAUUGCUUGGUUAGAACGGCCCCACAAUGUAGACCGCUGGCGGAAUGGAUAUCAAGGGAAGAAACCUAAAGACGUCAUGCGUGAGUGUUCAGAGUGGUUGAAGAAUGAGGGAUGUCCUACACUUCGUGACCCUGUAUCUUGUGAGAACAAAAUCCGAGUGUUGUACAAUGAGUGGAGAGAUGCAUAUUCCUUCAAGAACGAGACAGGGAAUGGGUCCGGAGGAGAGAUGUUGAGGAACGCUGAAAAUACUGGGCUUGAGGAUGCAGUGAAUAAAGCAAUCACUGCAGUCGAACGUCUGUCCUCCUUUCUCAUCCUCCGGUUUGAGAUAUCUAACCUCACAGGACGAGUUCAUGCUAUCUGCCCUCUAUGGGAUACUUUGAAUCCAAUCUUUCGAGAUCGAGAUGCAGGCAACGCGGCAUUGCGUGCUGAUACCACAUCUGCCUUCAACCCAAUCCUGGAGACUCUUAGGAGUUCCCUUUCCGGCUCGGACUCGUGGUCUACAUUCCCCCAAGACAGUCCAAGCACUCUCAAUGAUGCAAUCGAGAUGCUAGACUCGGAAGAUAAUGGAGAAGAGACAAGAUCAAGUACUUUCUUAGGAUCUAGCGGAACAUCAACCGGAGCAACUCCUCAGACUACUGUCAAAACAUCUCAUACGGUCAUUGAAGGGCACAGUAUCUCAGAUCGAAGCCAGAAAAAACGCAAGGGAACCCAUGCUGUCAUUGAGGAUCAAUUCAAAGUAGAGAUUUUCAAGCGGGAUGAGGAAUACCGACAAGCAAAGCUUGAGAAGAUGACCGAAAAGAACAAGCUUAAACAGGAUGAGCUCCGCACACAUUCAAUACAGGCGAUGUUUGCUUCCGCAAAGAUGAUCCAAGAAGUCAACCCAACUCAGAGCUGGUUUGAAUGUAAACGUGAAGCAGCGUUGGCCCUUGGGCUUCCUGCUAGUGCGGCUGGAUCUGGCGAUGUAUAG